AUUAAACAUGAUCACAACUGCUCGAAAAUGUUCAAGCGAAGAAAAACACCAGCGGAGCAACGAUCACAAGAAAUCGACCACGAAAUCAAACUAGAUGAGAAAAGACUGAGUGAAAAACAUUCAAUAUUGCUGCUUGGGACGGGCGAGUCGGGGAAGACGACAAUUCUUAAACAGAUGCAUCUUAUUUACAUCAAUGAAUACACCACAGAAGAGAAACAAAGCAAAUCUGUGGAUAUACGAAACAAUAUCCACGAUUCAAUCUACAAGAUCGUCUCUAAUUUGAAAAAAGUACGACCGGCUAUUGUUGUGCACAACGAGGAAACAAAAAAAGCAGUGGAGUACAUUUUAAGGCUAGGUGCUGAUCCGUUACCAGUGUAUACGCAGGAAUACUAUGAUAAUGUUGCGUUUUUAUGGCGUGACGUUGAUAUACAAGAAAUGUACAAACGUGCGAAUGAAUUCCACUUACUUGAUAGCACAGAAGAGUUUAUGAAGCGGUUAGAUGUGAUUAGACGGGCUGAUUAUGUUCCGGACACACAAGACAUCCUCUAUUGUCGCGUGAAAACUACAGCGGUGCAGACGAUUGAAUUCAAAAUCAAGCAUGGCGGCCACAUGGUUAGUUUCGUGAUGCAUGAUGUAGGUGGUCAGCGCGGACAGCGCCGGAAAUGGAUAUCGCUUUUCGAAGGAAUAAAAACCCUCUUAUUCGUAAUUUCGGUAAGUGAUUUUGAUCAAGUACUACGCGAGGAUGAAUCGACAAAUCGCCUGGAAGAAGCGCUAACAACGUUCGGUAACAUGUUUAAUUCCAGGUAUCUAAACCCACAUACAGCGAUUGUGUUUCUUAACAAGGAGGACAUCUUGCAGAAGAAAAUUCAACGCGGAAUAUCGAUAGGCACUUAUUUCGCUAGGUAUAAACAGUUUAAGAAACCGUCCGACGACGAAUUCACAAACACAAAGGCGUUCAUUAAGGAGGAAGUUGAUACGAUAGUCAAAUGUGGCAACAAGAAAAGGACCGCUCAUAUUCAUUUCACAAUCGCCACAAACACGCAAAACAUCCAACACAUCUUCGAUUCUGUGCACGAAAUGUUGAUUGACAUCGCAGUCAAAAAUAUCGCGCUCUACUAGCGUUUAGAGUUGAUUUGUUUUGCGUUAAAAUGAUUGUUUAUUAAGAUGUAUGAAAGAAAAAAUAUUUAUACAAAUCUCAAGCGUAAAUUAUUCAUAAUAAUAAAUGCGUUUUUAACUUACA